AUGAAAGCAUAUUUAGUAGAAGAUGAAGUUCGUGUUGAAGAGUUCACUAAGUCGAUUACUUAUUCAGUGGCAUUUGAUAAGGAAGAUUGUAGUGCAAAGUGUUUAUGUGGGUUAUUUCAGAUGAAAGGGAUACUGUGUAGGCAUAUUUUGGCCAUAUUCAAAGCUACUGGUGUAAAAUUAUUACUAGACCGAUACAUUUUAGAUCGAUGGAGGAAGGGCAUCAAAAGGAGAUACACGUUAAUCCAACGGAGCUAUGAUGCAGGGGAUCAAAGUAUAGGUGGCAACAGAUACUCUAUUUUGUUAAACAUGUGUUAUCAGAUGAUAACUUAUGCGGCAUCUUCCAAUGAGCAAUUUGAAGAUGCAAAGACGAGGAUACACCAGAUGACUAACUCCUACCGUGAGAACCCACACCCCCAAUCUUGGACCCAAACAGGUUCAAAUACUGGUGCAAUUUCAUUGGACAUAAGUGUUCAUGUUGGUAGUUCACAACAAGUCAAGAGUCCACUUGUUGUCAGAGGAAAAGGAAGACCUCCAUCUUUGAGAAAAGCAUCCAGGAUGGAAACUGACAUACGGAAAGUUAAAGCCAAACAAAAAAAAGCACCAGUCAAAGGGAAACGUAAACAGCGAGAUGAAAGAGAUACACCAGUCAUGAACACCUGCAGAAAUUUAUUUGGGCCAUCAGAAGUAUAUAUCACUGGUCCUAUAGAAGUGCAGAUGCAAUUUGAGUUAGAUGGAUCAUAG